AGUCUGAAUUAAAGCAAUUGAACGCUAAAGUGACCAAAUGGGAGACCGACGAAACAAAUGAUAUGAUAUAUAUCUGGUAUCAUAACCACAAUAAACAGUCCAACCAUAGGCCGUAUAAUAUGCUCAAGGAUUCAAAUAUAAGCCUAAUAAAUAUCGACACAUAUAAGAUAAUUGGAACAAAGAGUGAGUUUGUAGUGGAAAAUUCGGUAGACGACUCGCACACAAAUUACGUACACAACACACUCAUACCGGGUUUGCUGGGUAUGGAGACCACUGCCAUACAUGUGCCCGACCCGGAGCUGCCCUUCAAAAUGUUUCAAUUGGACGCUCGUAUAUGGACAGAUGCUAUGCAACCCGACAAGCCCAAUCUGUACAAAGGACUGCGGUAUAGGGCGACCAUCUGUCCUCUCGGCACCCAAUACGGCAAUAUAUACAACGGCCAGUUUGCUAGAAAGGGUGAUAUGCCAUGGGUUGCCUAUAUCGAGGUGAAGAAAGACUAUGGUCUAUUAUUGCCAACAGACACCUGUACGGGUACAAUAUUAAAUGAGUGGUUUGUUAUAUCGUCCGUACACUGUUUCCACUGUCCCACGUGCGUAUCGGUCAAAAUAAUGGUUUACCCUGCUGUUUUCAGCAUAUCCAAUAAGGGCAAAGGUGUACAGGCUGCUAGAUACUUAUACCCACCGCAAUACUUGAUCGACCCUAAUGCUUACGAUAUAGCCAUGGUCAAAUUAAAAACCCCUCUAGACCUAAGACCCACCAUAGGGUCAACGCACAGGCAGAUCAACAGCAUAUGCCUACCGCACAGCGAUGUCUAUCAUGUUUGGCUUGAAUAUGCAAUUAUAGCCGGUUUUGGUAUGACUAGCGAUAAUCACCUUGGUAAUCGGCUAAAAUUUGGUUGGACCGUCAUUCAAGAUCCCACGUAUGAUGUAAAUGAUCGUAACGGUUCUUAUAUUACUUCAACUACCAAUGCAAUUGGGUGUGGGGGUGAUUCUGGCGCACCUCUACUCCAGUAUACGGGUGGUCGGGCUGUACUGAUUGGCGUAUUCAAGUCAAUGGCCGGCCACUGUUCGGACAAUGGCUUCAAUUAUAACAUUAGAGUUUCAUCGAAUAUGAAGUGGAUUUCCGAUGUGUUGUCGGGAGUUAUCCCUUCACAAAAAUAUCAUAUUAGUAGAGCUUGCAUCUGCGCAGUAGAUAUCUCUAGCCAAGAGCCAAUGACGGAACGGUUGUAUAGAGCCUUUGGCAGAUACGUGCUUGAAAUUGCAAUGGAUGAUGCAAUUUCCAAACCAAUGUCUGCUGGCUUGAGAUCCUCCAAAGGCUUAGUCGAUUCAACUACAACUGUGUACUCAUCGUCCGAUUCUUCGCAAUCUUCCUCGGCUUCGAUUUCGGCCAUUUUUUCCACCAAUGAA